GUUUCUCGUCACUUCCUCGCGUUCUCAUCAUUGCCGAUGGCGGCGUCGGCGGCGGACGUGGCGGCGGUGGGUUGGCGGCGGCCGAAGACUAAGAUCGUGUGCACUCUGGGGCCGGCUUCGAGGUCGGUGCCGAUGUUGGAGAGGCUUCUGAGGGCGGGCAUGAACGUUGCACGGUUCAACUUCUCGCAUGGAUCCCACGAGUACCACCAGGAGACGCUGGAUAACCUCAGGGUCGCCAUGGAAAACACUGGGAUCCUCUGUGCCGUCAUGCUCGACACAAAGGGCCCGGAAAUUCGAACUGGUUUUCUGAAAGAUGGCAAGCCCAUCCAUCUCAAAAAGGGACAAGAGAUCACCGUCACAACUGAUUAUAGCAUAAAGGGUGAUGAGAACAUGAUAUCUAUGAGCUACAGAAAGCUAGCCGAGGACUUGAAGCCAGGAAGUGUCAUACUGUGCGCUGAUGGGACGAUCACUCUCACAGUUCUGUCGUGCGAUAGGGAGUUAGGUUUGAUCCGCUGCCGGUGCGAGAACUCUGCUGCUCUUGGCGAGAGGAAGAACGUAAAUCUUCCAGGGGUCGUCGUAGACCUUCCUACAAUCACAGAGAAAGACGAGGAGGAUAUCCUUCGGUGGGGUGUUCCAAACAAGAUCGACGUGAUAGCUCUAUCUUUCGUGCGCAAAGGCUCUGAUCUUGUGGAAGUUAGAAAGCUACUUGGAGAGCAUGCAAAGACCAUUAUGCUGAUGUCCAAGGUUGAGAAUCAAGAGGGGGUGGCUAAUUUUGACGACAUACUUGCAAAUUCGGAUGCUUUUAUGGUGGCCCGAGGCGAUCUAGGGAUGGAAAUUCCGAUCGAGAAGAUCUUCUAUGCGCAGAAGGUGAUGAUCUUCAAGUGCAACAUGCAAGGAAAGCCUGUUGUUACUGCGACCCAGAUGCUGGAAUCCAUGAUCAAGUCCCCUCGCCCCACCCGAGCAGAGGCCACAGACGUCGCCAAUGCAGUUCUCGAUGGCACCGACUGCGUGAUGCUCAGUGGAGAAACGGCUGCCGGCGCUUACCCAGAGUUGGCAGUCCAGACGAUGGCACGGAUUUGCUCGGCGGCAGAAUCCUGCAUUGACUAUGGAGCAGUCUACACGCAAACUGUGGCUGCUGCACCAGUUCCUAUGAGCCCAUUGGAGAGCCUUGCUUCGUCUGCAGUUGGAACGGCAAUCUCUGCCAAGGCAGCCCUGAUCUUGGUCCUGACUCGGGGAGGAAGCACGGCGAAGUUGGUGGCCAAGUACCGGCCGUCGAUGCCAAUCCUGUCGGUGGUGGUUCCUGAGAUAAGGACGGAUUCAUUUGAUUGGUACUGCAGUGAUGAGUCUCCUGCAAGACACAGCCUGAUAUUCAGAGGACUGAUUCCACUCUUGAGCGCUGGAACAGUCGAAGCCUCUCAUUCAGAAUCCACAGAGCAAGCACUUGAAUUCGCCAUGCAGCAUGCGAAGGCUGCAGGGCUCUGCAAGCAAGGAGACUCCAUUGUUGCGCUGCAUCGUGUAGGAGCUGCAUCGGUUAUCAAGCUGUUGACCGUCAGCUGAUUGAGAAUACUCCACCAG